AUGACCGGUGAUAUGGUGCUGAAGGUCAUCGAGCGGGGUGUUCCACGUGACAUUGUAAUUCGUGAAGGUGAAAUGUUCCUAUUGCCAUCUCGAGUUAGCAACAUGUUCUCACUCAAGCGUGCAUUGCCGAAACACUAUGUGAGUUCGUAUUUGGAGCGAACUAGAGCUAAUACAGAAUUUGACUGUGUAAGGUACUUUGCUGGUUCCACAACAACGCGUCUAUUUGAACGUUGGUUUCACCUGACUGAUGUCGUUCGCGACUUGCCACCACUUAUCAGAGGCUUCUUCUCCUCAGAGGAAUGUAGAACAGUUCCAAAAAGUUUUCUGAUUAAUGCUCCAUACGAGCCAGUUCCUAUCGACCUUCCAAAACCUAUGAAUCUGCUGGAGUUUAUUGGAAACCAUAAGGAUGCACUACGAAACGGUCCUGUGCAGAUAUAUGGCCCUCCACUCUACUCAACGGAGGUCUAUUUGUACGGCGAAGGGAAGUAUUCCGUUGGAUUCCGAUGA